AUGUCCGGUGCAACAAACAUUGAAUUUCCAGGAACAAGUCAGACCAGCUCCGGAUUCACAGCACAUCGGAAAAAAGACAGCAGUCCGUCAGCUUGGUUCUGGGAGAGUCCUGACACUUUGGCUCAGCUGGAGCUAGUGCGCCAGUGGCUCGGGAAGUACUACAAAAAGUCUUUGUUAGUGGAUGCUCCAUCAUGUCAGGCACUGGCUGCUGUGACGUUGCAGCUCCUCCAGUUUCAAGAGGAUGCAUUUGGCAGACGAGUUCCAAAUCCUCCCCGCAACAAACUACCCACACAGUGUUUCAUGGACUUUCGGCCAGGAGGCGGACUCUGUCACAUCCUCGGUUCCGCUUACAAGUUCAAAUCUGAGCAAGGCUGGCGAAGGUUUGACUUGCAGAAUCCAUCAAGGAAUGAAAGGAAUGUUGAAAUGUUUGAUAUGAUCGAAAGAACAUUAUUUCAGCAAAACUGUUUGUCACAUCCGGUGGUUUAUUUGGACCCUUCACUGGAUCAAGAGCUGGCUAGCAGAAUUAGUGGUGUUGUUACAAAGCACCAGGGCACACUUAGUGUGGACAGAAGCCUGGCCAGUCACCACAUAUAUCCAUUGCCCUCUGCUACAGAGGAAGAUGAGUGGAUGCGGCCUGUCAUGCGAAAACAAAGCCACAUCCUGGUGCAUUGGGGCAUGCACCCCGACAGUUAUGACAGCUGGUUGCCCUCGAGUGAUGUCAUCGGAGAUGUUGAGGACCCUCCUCAUCCAGAAAAACCGUGGAGGGUCCACGCCGGUUAUGUUCUGGACACUGAUGUUUUCAACGAGUGGAUGAACGAGGAAGACUAUUGUGUGAACGAAAGGAACCUGCCUCUUGUUCUCCGACCACGCAUACGCCUUCGAGAAGACCAGGACAUGAAGUCCACUCCCUUCAAAAAGAGAAGACGCUCUCCAUCUCCGCUCUCCACUGACGCUAGGAAGAAAGGAAAGAAAGGGAGGCGACGUGGACAGCAGGAGGAAGAGCCAGAGGAGGACUUGACCAAAGAUAUGGAAGACCCCACUCCUGUUCCAAACAUGGAGGAGAUCGUUUUACCCAAAAUUGUCAACUUUAAAAAGGACAGUGAGAACACGCCUGUCAAAGGAGGCAUCAUGGCUGACCUGGAUGACCAGGAAGAUGAUUUUACAGGAAGGGACGACGACGAGGGAAGAGUGGAGAUUCCUCGCCUAUUAGAGGGAGAAGACAACGUCACUGAACAAACCCAUCACAUCAUAAUACCAAGUUACACGUCUUGGUUUAAUAACAACAGCAUCCACGCAAUCGAGAAACGCGCCCUGCCGGAAUUCUUCAACGGAAAGAACAAGUCAAAAUCACCCGAAGUCUACCUGGCCUACCGGAAUUUCAUGAUCGACACGUACCGCCUCAACCCCCAGGAAUACCUCAGCUCAACAUCCUGCCGGCGCAAUCUCACCGGCGACGUUUGUUCCAUCUUGAGGCUGCACGCGUUCCUCGAGCAAUGGGGUCUGAUUAACUACCAGGUGGACGCAGAGAGCAGACCCCUCCCCAUGGGACCCCCGCCCACUCCUCAUUUUAACGUACUGGCAGACACACCCACCGGGCUGGCCCCCUUACAACACAAACCACUACAGGUGACAGCGUCGCAGCACAUGUUGUGCUUCCCGGAAAAGAGCAGAGAGAAGCCUUCCGAUUGCCAGAAUUUCGGAUUGCGCAUGGACGUUUACACCAAGAAGCACCCAAAGACAAAGGGAGCUUGUGCUGGACGGGAAUGGACGGAGCAAGAGACGCUUUUGUUGUUGGAGGCCUUGGAGGUCUAUCGGGACGACUGGAAUAAAGUAUCGGAGCACGUGGGCUCCAGAACGCAGGACGACUGCAUCCUCCACUUCCUCCGCCUGCCCAUCGAGGACCCGUAUCUGGAAGAUUCGUCCGCAUCCCUCGGACCGCUGGCGUACCAGCCCGUGCCCUUCAGCCAAUCCGAGAACCCCGUGAUGAGCACCGUGGCCUUCCUGGCCUCGGUGGUGGAUCCGCGGGUCGCCUCGGCCGCUGCUAAAGCUGCACUGGAGGAAUUUUCACAAGUCCAGGAAGAGUCUUUGAAUGGAAUGAAAUUAACCGACUCAAUGGACUCUUCACAAGUGCAGCUGAGCACCAUUUCCCAUCAAGUUGCUGUCAAUGCUGAUGGGCUCCUGGUGGAAUCCAUAGUGCCCAAAAUGGAAGGCGUCAAAAGAGAGAAUGCAGAGGAAAGCGAUGGAAUUCAUAUCGGUAACGAGGAUGACGGCAUGCAGCGUCAGGAGGGAGAAGGGGAUGAGGGGGGAGCAGUGAUGGAGCUGGAUCUAGUAGAGAGCACUGUUACCACGGCAGCAGCGGCCGCUUUGGCCUCCGCUGCCACAAAAGCCAAGCACUUGGCAGCGGUAGAGGAGAGAAAGAUCAAAUCUUUGGUGGCUUUGUUGGUGGAGACCCAAAUGAAGAAGUUGGAGAUUAAACUGAGGCACUUUGAAGAACUGGAGACCAUCAUGGACCGGGAGAAAGAGGCUUUGGAGCAGCAGCGGCAACAGCUUCUUACAGAGAGGCAGUCCUUCCAUACCGAGCAGCUCAAACAGGCGGAGAUAAAGCUUCACCAGCAGAGGGAGCAGCAGGGCCAGUCGGGAUUCACUUUGCAGCAUUCGGGUCAGCCCGUGGCCAAUCGGAUCACUCCUAGUGGAGGACAAAUGCAGGCGAUGGCCCCCCGCCACCCCGGAGCACCUAAUGGCAUGUAUCCGUCCUCGCAGACCGAGGGCACGACCGCAGCUCAGCCCGCCCUUCCGGCGUCUAGUCACAGCUGAACGGACGGGCGCUUCAAACUCAACACAAAUAAAGUGCGCUUGAUUAAAAAAAAAAACGAUGUUGAUGGUCAAAACCUUCCCGCUAGUUCUAUUUGUAGACUGGAUGCUGUGUGCAUGCGUGUGUGUGUGUGUUUGGCGAGUGGCUCAUUCAGUCGAGUUUAAAGCAUUAAAAAGUCUGUGAAAUAUUUGUGUCCAUGAGUUGAGGAAUCUUCAGAUUUAUCUUGACUCAUUAAAGUUGUUUUUAUAAGUUA